GGUAAUAAUCAUGAAUCCCUGGUGCAAUGAGCUGAUUUGCAUCAUUUGCUUGAGUAUAGCAACCACAUCAUUGAUGACCAGCUACGACACCCAGUCAUUCAUUGUCGAAUCUAUUCUGCAUUCUGUACAUAUGAGGGAGCCUACUAGAAUAGACAUUCAUGCAGGUUAUUACGGGCCGGCGGUGCUUUAUGCAGCGUACACUACCGCAAACUUGUUUGCUCCUUGGAUAUGUUAUCGCAUAGGCUCAAAGUGGACCUUAUUUGUUGGCAGCUUGAUGUUUCCUGCUUACCAAGCCGGUUUCUUCUUUUUGCAUUCCUUUUAUUACUACGCCACUCAAGCUUUAAUGGGCAUCGGCUUUGCCAUGUACUACGCUGGACAGGGCUUAUAUAUGUCAGAGCACUCAACUAAAUCUACCAUAUCCAGAAACUCUGCUCUAGUGAGUGCUAUUGGAAAUUGCAGUAUGCUCAACGGCGGAAUAAUCAUGACUCUUAUAUUUUAUCUUAGAAGAAAGAGCGAGAGCCUUAUAGAUGUGGUCAAAGUUGUCGACGGACCCAGCUAUCGAGAUUUCUCAAACAAGGAGAUUUACGUAAUUUACGGAGUUCUUCUGGUUUUUUCCGCUACCUCAAAUAUUAUCUUUGCCUCGCUGCCCACAAAGAGGAUCAGUGACUCUGAACAAUUCGAAAAUGUCGACAAAGCAACAUUUCGUACUCAGCUUUCCAAUCUUCUCGAUUGCGCCAAAGAACCGAGAUUGGUAUUGCUAGCUGCAUUUUUCGCAUUUUACGGCUUCCAUGUUUCUUAUUUUCUCGGUGCCUACCCUACCACAUUCGCCUUCACAAAAAUACUUUCUACAAAUGUUUAUCUACCCGCCUAUUACAGUUUUAUGAUAGGAGUAGGAAGCGUUAUAGCUGGCGGUUAUAUUGCUUUGUUCAACACUAAGUUUAGCAACUUUGGCCUUAUACCAACUAUGGCAACCGAAGUUGUGCUCAGUAUUGUUAUGUACUUGUUGACAUUCGCCACUACUGCUAAUCUGGCAACUGUUCAAACAACCGAUGACACGUCAACAUGGAUCACGCCAUCAGUUGCCACCUGCUGCAUUCUCGGGUUGUUGAAUGGUAUGAUUGACUGCUGUUCAUGCACAAUGCGUGCGCUUAUCUGCACCAUCGCUAUCCCACGUAAGAGACUUCAGGCGUACUCUUUAGCCAAGCUUUACCAGUCAGCUGCAUCUUGCGCCGCAUACUUCUUGUCACCGCAGUUGACCGUACAAGCGUGGAUAUUCGUUCUAGCAGGAAUUCAACUCUUCUCAGCCACUGGCUUCGUUCUGGUUUCAAAGCAGAUCUUGCGGGACGAAGUUCAGAACAAACCACAACCAAAACACGCCAUCAACAAAAUCAAACCAUCAGUUUGACAUGUACAAUUUUUUGUCAGAGCUUAUUGUUGUUAUUUAUUUUCCCAG